AUGGGUCCAAAACAAAGAGUUAGAAAAGAUAAUUAUUGGGAUAGUGGUGAAGCUGAUAAAGAUCGUGAAGAAGCAGAAAAACUUCAUAAAAAAGGUCAACAACAAUCAGAUAGUGAUAGUGAUAGUGAUGAUAUUCCAAUUUCAAAAAAAAAACCAACUUCUAAAUUUGCACCAGUAGAUGAAUCAUCAUCAGAAUCUGAAGAAUCAUCAUCUGAAGAAGAAGUUCAAAAGAAACCAUCAAAACCAGCUGCUAAACAAUCAAAAAAGGUAGCACCAACCAAUAAUAAAAAGAAACCAGUUGUAGAAUCAUCAUCAUCAGAAGAAGAAGAGAGUGAAUCAGAAUCUGAAGAAUCAUCUGAAGAAGAUACUAAAAAGAAACCAUCAAAACCAGCUGCAAAACAAUCAAAGAAAGUAGCACCAACCAAUAAUAAUAAUAAUAAAAAGAAACCAGUUGUAGAAUCAUCAUCAGAAGAGAGUGAAUCAGAAUCUGAAGAAUCAUCAUCUGAAGAGGACACAAAAAAGAAACCAUCAAAACCAGCUGCAAAACAAAAUAAAAAAGCACCAGCUAAAAAAGCAGCAGCUGUUGAAUCAUCUUCUGAAAGUGAAGAAGAAUCAUCAUCAUCAGAGGAAGAAGAGAAACCAACCAAACCAACACAAAAUAAUAAUAAUAAAAAAAAUAAUGCCAAAAAACCACCAGCAGCAAAACCAUCAGCAGCAAAACAACAAGCUAAAAAACCAGCACCAAAGAAACCAGAGGAACCAGAGGUAUUGAGUGGAUUUUUAUUAAAACAAAGACAAGAAGAAGAAAGAAUUGCACGUGAAAAGGAGGAAAAACGUAUAAGAGAAGAGGAAGAGAAGAAACGUGCUGCUGAACAAAAGAUUAUUGAUGAUGAAAAAGCAAGAUUAAAGUCAAUUGAAAACUCUAAAAAGAGAGCAGAAAAGAAAGAGAAACAAGCUGGCGCAGCCGCCGAAGCUGAUAGAAUGGCAAAAUUAGCAAAAUUGGGUGUAAACAUUUCAGCAGUCGGUGAAAAGAAAGAAAAAUCAACAAAUAAAACAAAGAGUGGAGGUAAAAAACAAAAUCAAGUCUCAAGUAUUACAGAAUCAGUCGAAAAAUUAAAGAUUGAAGAACCAACAUCAGCACCAAAGGACGACGUAGUUGAGGUUAUGGAUAGUUGGGAUAAUGAUGAUUAUGAAACCGUUGAAGAGAUUCAAAAGAAGAAGGAAGAGGAGGCCAAGAGAAAAGAGGAGGAAGAGGAAGCACAGAGAUUAGCAGCAAAAGAGGAAAAGAAGAAAGCAAAAGCAGCCGCAGCAGCAGCCGCAGCAGCACUCAUUCCAACUACAGAUCCAACUACAACCUUUGCAGAUAAAUCAUAUCGUUCACCAAUCAUUUGUAUUUUAGGUCAUGUCGAUACAGGUAAGACAAGUCUUUUGGAUAAAAUUCGUAAUACCAACGUUCAAGGUGGUGAAGCACGUGGUAUCACCCAACAAAUUGGUGCCUCUUUUAUUCCAGUCGAUGCAAUUAAAGAACAAACCAAAUCAUUUGCUGAAAAGAUUAAAAUGGACUUUAAAUUACCAGGUCUCUUACUCAUUGAUACACCAGGUCAUGAAUCUUUCAACAAUUUACGUUCAAGAGGUUCAGGUCUUUGUGAUUUGGCAAUUUUAGUCAUUGAUAUUAUGCAUGGUUUACAAGCUCAAACCUUAGAGUCCAUCAAUCUCUUACGUAUGAGAAAAACACCAUUCAUUGUUGCCUUAAAUAAAGUCGAUAGAAUUUACGAUUGGAAGCCAUGUGUAAAUACAGACUUUAAAGAAGCCUACAAGAUUCAAUCAAAAUCUGCUGCUCAAGAAUUUGAUUACAAAGUUAAGGAUAUCAUUGCAGCUUUGGCCGGUCAAGAAUUGAAUGCUGAACUCUACUGGCGUAAUAAAGAUCAUAGAAAAUACGUUUCUCUCGUACCAACCUCUGCCAACACUGGUGAAGGUAUUUCAGAUUUAAUGUUGGUAGUCAUUCAAUUGAUGCAAAAGUUAAUGCUUGAUAAAGUAGAAUUCACAAAUCAACUCCAAUGUACACUCUUGGAAGUUAAAGUCAUCGAAGGUUUUGGUACAACCAUUGAUGUUGUCUUGGUAAAUGGUACUUUGAAUGAAGGUGAUAAGAUUGUAGUAUCCGGUUUCAAUGGUCCAAUUGAAACUUCUAUUCGUUCUUUACUCACUCCACCACCACUUCGUGAAUCUCGUGUUAAAUCACAAUUCAUCAAUCAUAAGAGUAUUCGUGCUGCCAUGGGUAUUAAAAUCGUUGCACCAGGCCUUGAAAAAGCUGUUCCAGGUACUUCACUUCAUGUCGUUGGUCCAAAUGACGAUAUCGAAAAGAUUAGAGCCGAAGCUAAACGUGAAGUCGAUUCUGUACUCAAUGAUGUCGAAACCUCUGGUAUUGGUGUGUCUGUUCAAGCCUCUACUCUUGGUUCUUUGGAAGCCUUUUUAAAUUUCCUCAAAAAGAUCAAGAUUCCAGUCGCCAAUGUCGCCAUUGGUCCAGUUCACAAGAAACACAUUAUGAACGCAAGUAUCAUGUUAGAUAAGGAUCCAAAAUACGCAAUUCUCUUGGCUUUCGAUGUAAAGAUUGAAGAAUCUGCCAUUCAAGCCGCCAAUGAAAUGAAAGUUCAAGUUCUCUCUGAUGAGACAAUCUAUUUAUUCGAGGAGAAAUUAAAGAAACAUUUCGGUGCUAUCAAAGAGAAACUUCGUGCUGAAACCGCUAGUAUCUGUGUUUGGCCAUGUAUUUUGGAGGUUACUAACGUUUUCAGAAAUUCAAAUCCAAUUCUUGUUGGUGUUCGUGUUAAAGAAGGUACUCUUCGUAUUGGUACUCCAAUUUGUGUACCAGAAUCAAAUUGCGCUGAUGUUGGUAAAGUCAUUGGUAUUAAACUCAACGAAAAAGAUGUUACCCUCGCCAAAAAAGAUGAUGUCGUCUCUGUUGCCAUCGAUGAUAACAACACUAAAACUACAAUUUACAGACACUUUGAUGAUAAAAAACAAUGGAUGUCUAAAAUCACUCGUGAAUCUUUGGAUGCUCUUAAAGAAGGUUGGUCUGAAGAUUUAACAAAACAAGAUAUUCAAUUAUUAAAAUUCAUGAAAACAGUUUAUAAAAUUCAAUAA